AUGCCGGUUGUAAUGACGGAACGUUAUUACAUUGGAAUUGACGUUGGUACAGGAAGCGUGAGAGCAGCUUUGGUUCGUCCUAAUGGUGAUAUUUUACAAACGGCAACUUCUUCAAUAAAAACAUGGAAUCCUCAACAAGAUUAUUACGAACAAUCUUCCGAAGAUAUUUGGAAAAGUUGCAUUCAAGUCGUUAAGGCAGUUACAAAGUCUAUUGACCCUUCUUUAAUUAAAGGAAUCGGGUUCGAUGCAACUUGUUCUUUAGUUUGUAUUGGAAACGAUAAUAAACCACUGACGGUGAGCCCCACAGGUGCCAACGAACAAAAUAUAAUUUUAUGGAUGGAUCACAGAGCAAAAUCCGAAGCAGAAUUUAUAAACAAACAUAAAUUGGAAGUAUUAAAAUAUGUCGGUGGAAAAAUAUCACCCGAAAUGCAAACACCUAAAUUAAUGUGGCUGAAAAAAAAUCUUAAAUCCACUUGGACACAAUCGAAAUAUUUUUUUGAUCUUGUUGAUUUUUUAACUUGGAAAGCAACAGGCGAUCAUUCUAGGUCAUUGUGUACGGUGGUUUGUAAGUGGACUUACAUUGCAGAUGAAAAUGAAAGGAAAGGUUGGGAUAAAAAUUAUUUUUCAUUGAUUGGCCUGGAAGAUUUAUUAAAUGAUGAAGCCAUUAAAAUAGGAAAACACGUUAAAAAUCCGGGAGAAACUUGCGGAUUCGGUUUAAAUACACUGGCUGCUAAAGAUUUUGGACUCAUACCUGGAACUUGCGUGGCAGCUGGCCUCAUAGAUGCACAUGCUGGUGGAUUAGGAUUACUAACAGCAGUAGCUCCAGGAAUAUCUUCUUCCUUUGAAACAAAACUCGGUUUAAUUUGUGGAACUUCAACGUGCCACAUGGCAUUAAAUCGAUUCCCGAAAAUGAUUCCCGGCGUUUGGGGCCCAUACUUCAGUGCAAUGAUUCCAAAUAUUUAUUUAAACGAAGCCGGUCAAAGUGCGACAGGAAAAUUGAUUGAUUUUUUAAUAAAAAGUCAUCCGGCAUUUCCAUCAAUACAAGAAAACAAUAUAAAUGAAAACACGGAAAUCUACGAUUAUUUAAAUAAAUUACUCAGUGAGAUGGCUGUUGCAAAAAAACUUCCAUCUCUGUCUAGACUAACAACCAAGGUUCACGUUUGGCCUGAUUUUCAUGGUAAUCGUUCACCGAUUGCGGAUCCUUCUAUUUUAGGAAUGAUGUCAGGGCUUAGUUUAUCUACUGAUAAGGAAGAUCUUGCUGUAAAAUAUUUGGCUACAAUACAAGCACUGGCUUAUGGUACAAAACUAAUCCUAGAAACCUUUCAUUCUCACGGGUACGAUAAAUUUUCAACGAUUUCAAUGUGCGGUGGCCUCAGUAAAAAUGAACUUUUUGCUCAAACUCACGCUGAUGUUAUCGGUUUACCGGUUUUAUUACCAAAAUCCCAAGAACCGGUACUUUUAGGUGCAGCAAUGUUGGGUGCCGUGGCAGCAGAAGAAUGGAAAGGAGUGCAACAAGCUAUUAAUAACAUGACGGGAUCAUCUUACGUGUAUCAACCAUCCAAAUUAGACGAACAGUUUCAUUUGAAAAAAUAUAAAGUCUUUUUAAAAAUGGUACAAGAUCAAAAAUCUUAUGACGCACUAAUGGAAGAUGACACGAAACUUUAA